AUUUCUUUCACUUUCGACUUCCUUCGCUUGCAUCUAUCUGAAGAAGAGCAUCCGUAACUUGCUGUCUCAGUGGCUUUCUUGGAGUGAAGUUAAAAAGGGUGAGUAUUGUAUUGAGUACCGUCAUGUUUCUAUAGUCAACAGUACGGUCAGUCAAAAACCGUUUUAUUCUGCAUAUUUAGCGAGCUGAUUAUUGUAAUAACGAGAGCAAGAUUCAGUUGAGUGGUCUAUGGAAAGGUCUAAAUAAGUUCAAUCGGGGUCUUCGCCGAAGCUCUGAUUUACAAUUUGAAAGACACCACUGUAAAACAGAGAGCCAAACUGGACCUAACGUAAUUUCAAUUGCGCCCAUUGAAGUGAAGGAAAACCUUCUCGACUUUGUCAUCUUUCCCCACUCCGCUAGAAUAACUUAAAUUUUAUGACGUUUGUUAUGAAGGCCACUAAGGCCUGUUUCAAACGUCGUGCUACUGCCGUGCUAAGCUGGCUCGAUUGUAGCUCGACUGCAGCACGACACCAGCACGACUUGGUUUCAGACGCCGAAUUUAAUUCAAUCGAAUGGACCGGCUGUUGGCGAAAACACAACUCAAAAAUAAAGAAAGCUGUGGCUAUAUGGCCGGUAACCGGUCAAGGUGUUAAAAACACUAAAUGACCUGCAUUCCAGCAUUUUCCGUAAAUUUCACAAAAUCGAAAGAUUCUAGCUAAUCUAAACUAUCAUAUGUCGAUCAAGACAAGUCAAGCGAUCCUGAAUCUUGUGUUUGGUUUACGCUGAGAAGACGAAACCGUGUUUUGUGACACUGGACUUUUGUCAGCUCGACUGCCGGUCAAGGUUUUCAAAACACUAUUAAAAUGACCGGCAGUCCCAUAUUCUCAGUAAAUUUCACAAAUCGAAAAAAUUCAGCCGUUCUGAACUAUCAUAAGUCGUGAUCGUGAUCAAACCAGCCGGUUUUGUGGGAUUUCUAUAUCAUGUUUUUGUUGGUCUCGCGUUUUUGGAUGUUCGUUACUAUUUUAUGUCCACUGUGACACUCCGGGAAUCACUGUUCUGCCUUGUCUUUCUUUUAGCAGUGGAACACCAAAAUAACGCUAACUCGCCGAAAACGCUUCAAAACGGCCUGAGACGCGAGCAAACAACAAAGAAUACAACAAAGCAAUAAGGUAAGUUGAUUUUAUUUAAAAAAAUACAUUUUUUCUCUCUUUUAAGAAAAACCGUUUGCAUCCCAUACAAACCUUUGUAAAUAACCGUUUGUAACACAACACCGCUCGCAAGCAAGAGUCACGUCCGCGUUCAUGAAAUGAGCUUGGGCUGCCUGUGUCUACAUAUGAUAGUUUAGAUUAGCUAGAAUCUUUCGAUUUUGUGAAAUUUACUGAGAAUAUAGGACUGCGAGCCAUUUAGUGUUCUGAAAACCUUGACCGGCAGUCGAGCUGAAAAAAAUUCCAAGUGUCACAAAACACGGUUUCGUCUUCUGAGCCCAGCGUAAACCAAACACUAGACUUGAGAUCUAUAAAGCAUUUCGGGAUCGCUAGACCUGUCUUAAUCGACAUAUGAUAGUUUAGAUUAGCUAGAAUCUUUCGAUUUUGUGAAAUUUACUGAUAAUAUAGGACUGUCGGUCAUUUAGUGUUUUGAAAACCUUGACCGGUUACCGGCCAUAUAGCCACAGCGAAUAAAGAAACGGUUUAGCAAACUUUUAAAUGUAUUCUUACUAAUGUAUUUGUAAUUUAUGAAUUGAGUUCGGCACGGCGGUAGCACGACGUUUAAAACCACAUGGCACUAGCACGACUUGGUUUUAAACGUCGCGCUACUGCCGUGCUAAAGUCGAAUUUAAUUCGAUCAAUUGGGUUCGGCCCGGCAGUAACACGACGUUUGAAACGGGCCUUAGAUUUCCAUUAUAAAUUGAUUAGUACUAAUUAAGUCACGUGGAAGUUAGCCAGGGAGCAAGACCUCCCUUAACUUACGCUGCUAGGGACAGUUAAUGCAUCAUUGGAUGUUCUAUUAAAAUGCUGAGCCAGUUUAUUUUUACUAGAGUAGUGUCUGCAAUACAUUCCCGGUUCAUUUAAUACGUGUUCAUGCAGGAGAAGGCGUGACUAGGCCCUUUUGAUGGUUAGCUCUGCUGUAAUCAUUUCGGCGCAAGAGGUGCCUGUGACAUUUAAGAACUAGCUAUAUUAUUCAUUAAGUUACUGACACACAAAAAAAGAAAACUUCAUGGACAUUUACGUUUUCGUAUCUGUUUGUGUUAGGGCUUGACUCUGUUUAGUGAUCCGCACUUAAGUUAACUUGUUAUUUAAGUCAUAUACUGAUCAUCAAAUUUCCACAGAAAUCUCAAUCCUGAUCCCCAACUGAACGCACGAUAAAAACGAAAUUAAAUUGCCUAUAUAUGUAAAUGAACUCAUUAGAAAUCAGAGCCGUGACAACAAGAAUUUAUGUGGCUCCGUUAGCCUGAAUUUCAUCCGAUUACUUCGAGUCGUUAUUACUCCCUCAGUAACGUCUGAAUCGACCUGCCGUUAAUGCCGU